CUCCCGCCUCUCGGCGCCGACACCGCACGCGCAUCUCGCUCCCUCACUCACUCGCGUGUGCACCUCUGCUCUGCCCGCUGCUUGCUAGGCCGCUCCUCUCGCCAGUGCCGCGGCUGCCUCCACCUCGGCCCCUCGCACUUCUUCCUGCGCGUCUCUGCUGCACCUCCUCGCGCCGCGCGCCGCCGCCGCACCGCGCGCCAGCAUGGCCAUCAACGGCUCCGCCAAGCCGGCGUCGGCCGUGCCGCCGGCGCUGCAGCUGCCCGACGACGACACGGACAAGCUCUCCGACUACGUGCCCAUCUCGGGCGAGAUGUCGCGUGCGCCCACCGCCAGCGCGUCGCACUCCAAGGCUGCGUCCGAGGAGGUCAGCGGCGGCGACGAGGACGACGAGCUCGACGAGGAGCCCGACACGUCAGCCGUCGUGAGCCCGUCAAAGAAGACGGCGCGCCAGCUCGAGAAGGAGCGCGAGAAGGCCGAGCGCCGCGAGGCACGCGGCGCCGAGCGCUCCGUGCGCCAGGGGCAGAACUCGGCACUCGAUUCGACGCGCGAGGAGAUGGCGAAGAGCAAGCUGGCCGACAGCAUGAAGCGCUUCUCCUACCUCCUCGGCCAGACGGAGCUCUUCCAGCACUUUAUCGACAUCAAGAAGGAGCGCGACCCCGAGUUCCGCCGCCUGCUCGAGGAGAGCCAGGCGAAGCGCAGCCGCGGCAAGGGCAAGAAGGCCGCCGGCACCGAGGGCGGCACGCGCCGCCGCAAGACGGAGAAGGAGGAGGACGAGGAGCUGCUGGGUGCCGGCGACGAGGAGGACGAGGACGCGUUCGUGUUUGACGAGAGCCCGAGCUACGUCAAGGGCGGCACCAUGCGCGACUACCAGGUGCAGGGCCUCAACUGGAUGAUCUCGCUCUUCCAGCACGGCAUCAACGGCAUCCUGGCCGACGAGAUGGGCCUCGGCAAGACGCUGCAGACCAUCUCCUUCCUCGGCUGGCUGAAGUUCUACAAGGACAUCCCGCGCUUCCACCUCGUCGUCGUGCCCAAGAGCACGCUCGACAACUGGCGCCGCGAGUUCGAGCGCUGGGUGCCCGGCUUCAACGUCGUUGUGCUGCAGGGCACGCAGGAGGAGCGGACCCACUUGAUCCAGGAGCACCUCAUGCCGCAGAACUUCGACGUGCUCCUGACCACCUACGAGAUGUGCCUGCGCGAGAAGUCGGCACUGAAGAAGCUCUCGUGGGAGUACAUCGUGAUUGACGAGGCGCACCGCAUCAAGAACGUCGACUCGAUGCUCAGCCAGAUCGUCCGCGCCUUCAACAGCCGUUCGCGCCUGCUCAUCACGGGCACGCCGCUGCAGAACAAUCUGAUGGAGCUGUGGAGCCUGCUGAACUUCCUGCUGCCGGACGUCUUCUCGAACUCGGAAGACUUCGAGUCGUGGUUCAAGGGCAAGGGCGACGAGGCGCAGGACCAGGUGGUGCAGCAGCUGCACAAGGUGCUGCGGCCCUUCCUGCUGCGCCGUGUCAAGGCCGACGUCGAAAAGAGCCUGCUGCCGAAGAAAGAGAUCAACAUCUUCGUCGGUCUGACGGACAUGCAGCGCAAGUGGUACAAGUCCAUCCUUGAGAAGGACAUCGACGCCGUCAACGGCGUGGGCGCGAAGCGCGAGGGCAAGACGCGGCUGCUCAACAUCGUCAUGCAGCUGCGCAAGUGCUGCAACCACCCAUACCUCUUCGACGGCGCCGAGCCGGGCCCGCCGUACACGACCGACGAGCACCUCGUGUACAACUCGGGCAAGAUGAUGAUCCUCGACAAGCUGCUGCGCUCCAUGAAGGAGAAGGGCAGCCGCGUGCUCAUCUUCAGCCAGAUGAGCCGUGUGCUCGACAUCCUCGAGGACUACUGCAUGUUCCGCGAGUACCAGUACUGCCGCAUCGACGGCAACUCGGCGCACGAGGACCGCAUUGCUGCCAUCGACGACUACAACCGGCCCGGCAGCGAGAAGUUUGUCUUCCUCCUCACGACGCGCGCCGGUGGCCUGGGCAUCAACCUGACCACGGCCGACGUCGUGGUGCUCUUCGACUCGGACUGGAACCCGCAGGCCGAUCUGCAGGCGAUGGACCGCGCGCAUCGCAUCGGUCAGACGAAGCAGGUCUACGUGUUCCGCUUCGUCACCGACUCGUCGGUCGAGGAGCGCAUCCUCGAGCGUGCGGCGCAGAAGCUGCGCCUCGACCAGCUCGUCAUCCAGCAGGGCCGGACUCAGCAAGUGGCCAAGGCGCAGCAGAACAAGGACGAUCUCGUCGACAUGAUCCAGCACGGCGCCGAGAAGAUCAUCAACUCGGACGCGAAUCUCAUGAUCGACGCCGACAUCGACGCCAUCAUCGAGGAGGGCGCCGAGCGCACGUCGAAGCUGCAGGACAAGUACUCGUCGCUGAACCUCGACGAUCUGAACAACUUCAAGUCGGAGACGACGCUCGAGUGGGAGGGCCAGGACUUCUCGGCGAAGAACAAGCUCAAGAAGGGCAUCUGGAUCGAGCCGAGCAAGCGCCAGCGCAAGGAGAACUACCACGUCGACUCGUACUACAAGGAGGCGCUGCAGCAGACAAAGAAGCCCGUCGUGCCGCGCGCGCCGCGUGCGCCGAAGCAAAUCAGCGUCAACGACUGGCAGUUUUACCCAUCGGAGCUGCUGGAGCUGCAGCGGCGCGAGACGGCGGCGUACCAGCGCAGCGUCGGCUACAAGGUGCCGCUGCGCGAGGUCAAGGAGGGCGAGGACGCGUCGGAGGCCGAGGAGGAGCGCAAGACGGAGCAGGAGUUCAUCGAGUCUGCCGAGGCGCUGACGGAGGACGAGGUGACGCGCAAGGAGGAGCUUGCCGAGCAGGGCUACACCAACUGGAGCAAGCGUGACUUCCAGAACUUCGUCAAGGGCAGCGAGCGCCACGGCCGGCACGCCUACGCCGAGAUCGCAGAGGAGAUCGGCAACACCGAGAUCGACGAGGCCGAGGUCAAGAAGUACGCCAAGGUCUUCUGGGCGCGCAUCAACGAGCUGGCCGAUCACGAGCGUGUGCUCAAGCGCAUCGAGGACGGCGAGGCCAAGAUCCUGAAGAUCGAGCGCAACGAGGCGACGCUCGAGAAGUUCAUCAAGCAGUACAAGGCGCCCCUGACGCAGCUCAAGCUCACGUACAGCGGCUCGACGAAGGGCAAGGCGUACUCGGAGGACGAGGACCGCUUCCUGCUGUACAGCCUCUCGCAGCACGGCCUGCGCGCUGAUGACACGUGGGAGAAGAUGAAGACAGACAUUAACAACCACCCGGGCUUCCGCUUUGACUGGUUCAUCAAGAGCCGGACGCCUGCCGAGCUCUCACGGCGAGCCACGACGCUGCUGUCGCUCAUCCUCAAGGACGACACGGACGGCAGCUCCGAGGUGGGCAAGCCGGGCCGCAAGAAGCGCGGCGCCGCCGAUGCGCUCGGCGACACCUCGUCGCGCGCCUCGACGCCCGCCGGGCCCGUGAAGCGCGCCAAGAAGUGAUCUCCCCCGCCUCGCUGCGCUCUAGACCCGCCAUCUCCUGCUUCCUGUCCCUUCUCCUGCACCCUGCAUGCUACACACUCAGUCAUCGACGACGCCAGGCGCAAUGUGAGAUGCGUUACAUCAC